AUGUUUUCGUGCAGUGUAUGCGAUAAAACCUUAACUAGAAUCUGUAGUCUACGCAGACAUGCCAAGUCACACGAUGUAUCCAAUAAGAUUUCUUGCAAUAUUUGUUCACAAGUGUUCACGCGAAGAGAUAACCUCAUCAGACAUAGCAAAGAAAAACAUCGUUCAAAUAUUGUAAUCCAACCGACUAAUUUGAAACCAACUGAACAAAUUUACGAUUAUGAAGGUAAAUAUCUCAUUUAUAUCAUUGUAUACAUAACUUACUUAUAUUACUUUGUAGAAAACGAUAAAACAUUUCGUGUAGGAAUAUAG